AUGGGGCACACUGAUCCCUGUUCCGACAUAAUCCAAGGCGUCCGGGGUUUGGUUGGUUCUCGGCUUGCGCUUCAGGUAGCUACGGCCUUCAAGAUUCACAACACGCCGUUGCGUAAUUCGCAUUCGCUGAAGCAGGGGAGUUCAGCGUUGUUGUGGGCUGCCCAGCGAGGGAGCGAGGCGACGGCUCGAACCUGCGUUUCAGAAGGAGCUGAUGUUAAGAUUUUGGACAAAUUCAACAGAACACCACUAUUCUUGGCUGCGUCGAAGGGCAGUGAGGAGGUGGUGAAGGUGUUACUUGCGACAAAGGGGGUAAAUGCCGACUCGAAGGAUCGGUUCGGCUGCACACCGUUAACUGAGGCUGCAUCGCAUGGGCACGAGGCAGUAGUGAGGCUGUUACUUGCGACGGGGAAAGUCGACGCGGACUCGGAGGACUCCUACGGCAUGACACCAUUGUCUUGGGCAGCGUCGUAUGGGCACGAGGCAGUAGUGAGGCUGUUACUUGCGACGGGGAAAGUCGACGCGGACUCGAAGGACUCCGACGGCAUGACACGCUCCUACGGCAUGACACCAUUGUCGUGGGCAGCGUCGUAUGGACACGAGGCAGUAGUGAGGCUGUUACUUGAGACGGAGAAGGUCAACGCGGACUCGAAGGACUCCUACGGCAUGACACCAUUGUCGUGGGCAGCGUCGUAUGGGCACGAGGCAGUAGUGAGGCUGUUACUUGCGACGGGGAAGGUUGAAGCGGACUCGAAGGACUCCUACGGUUUCACACCGUUGUCUAUGGCGGCGUCGAAGGGCUACGAGGCAGUGGUGAAGCUGUUACUUGCGACAGGUAGGGUGGACGUGGACUCGAAGGACCCCGGCGGUCGGACGCCGUUGUCUGGGGCCGCGUCGGCCGGUCACGAAGCAGUGCUGAGGCUGUUACUUGCGACUAGGAGGGCGCGGGAAUCAAGUUCUAAAGAGUGUUAG